AUGGCGACAGCAGAACUCGUUUAUCCACUUGCUUUUCCAAAAUCUAUUGCACAUAAAUGUGAAAUAUGUGGCAAAACAGCAUCACGAAUGUGUGCAAAAUGUCGUGUUACAUUUUAUUGUUCUGAAGAACAUCAAAUAGCUGAUAAUGUUGGUAUCCAUGAUAAAAUUUGUCCAACAUUAGCAACACUUCGAUCAAAACAACCAUUCCUACCAUCUGAAGAAGAACGUCGUGAUCGUGAUCAUGAAAUACGUGAGAAAAAACUUCAUUUAAUUGAAGUUACUCGAAUGAUUGGAGAAAGACAUGUCUUUCAAAAUCGUUAUGAUGCUGCAAUACCAGCAGCACUUGCUUCACUUAAAUUAGCUAUGGAUGUUUAUGGUCCACGAAGUGUUGAACUUAUUCCAUCUUAUUUAAUCUUAUCUGAAGCUAGUUUAGGUUUAAAACAAUUAAAUCAAUGUUGGGAAUAUUUAUCUCAAGCACAAUAUACAGUUUUACAACAACAAAAUCAAGCACCACCUGCAAUAACAUCACAAGUAGCACGAAAUAUGGCUCAAUUAAGUAUUGCUAGAAAAGAUUAUGAUGAAGCAGCUAGACAUUUAGCAAAUGAUAUAUAUGACGCAUCAUUAUAUUAUGGUACAGAACAUUAUAAAGUAGCUGGAGGUUAUUUUCUAUUGGGUAAAGUAUUUAAAUUAAUGAACCGUCUCGAAGUAACAGAAUCAUUAUAUACACAAGUAACACAAAUGUGGUAUUAUCAUUUACGUCGUUUACUUCAAUCACGAGUUGUUUUUUCCGAUAUGGAUGCGAUUUUAGGAAAGAAUGAUGAUGAAGAUGAAGAAGAUGAAACAACAAAAUCAUCAAAACUUGAUUUAGCAACAGAAGCUGAAGCACAUAAUACACUUCAAACAUUAUUAGCUUAUCGUCUUGAAAAUCAUCAUGGAAAUCCUAUGAUACAAGAAUUAAAUAAAAUUUAUCAUUGUUUUACAAUUUUAUAUUUUCUUGCACGUGAUUAUAUUCAAGUGCAUGAUUCAAUGAAUAAAAUCAAAGAUUGUAAUGUUAAAGAAAUCGAUGAUGAUCAACAACGUAUAUUAAAAUUUCUUGAUCAACUCAAUCGAAUGAAAUCAUUAAUGAAACGUCAACAACAAGAGAAUUAA